UCUCUCUCUAUUAUAUAAGUCUCGUCACAUCUCAACAAUUACAACAAUUCUUAGUUUUUUCAUCUGGAGAUCUCUGACAUGUCUGUAAAGAAACAGGCUUCGGAGAGCAAGAACAAUGGAAGUUAUUCUAGAUGCUUGUCAUUCUCGUUCAUGGAGUCAUCAUCAACGGAUGGGAAGAAGAACAAACCAUUGUCGUUGAAUCGUAUGGAUUCAAAGAAGCUCAAGGCAGAUAUUGUGAAGUGGGCAAAGCGUGUAGCAGCCUACGCUCGUCAACUUAGCUCUAGAAAACGAGAUUAAGAAACAUGAAAGGAGUGUGAUGAUGAAUUGAUGAACCUUCCUUCGUCUUCUAUCAUUCUAAAAGAUUUUUGAGAAGUAUUAUUUCAUAAAAAUAUAUAGGAUAAUAUUUCAUUUUUGUAUUUCUUAAUGCAACAAAAUAGUAGUUUUGUAUUUAUUAUUCCAGCUUGUAAUCUAGUGAGAUGAUCUUAUUAUCUAUUAAGAAGUGUAUAUUUAUAUUCUC